GUGGUAAUAUCGGUACUGAUGUUACAGCUGCAAGUUAGUGGGGUAUAGACAGAUCGAUCGAACUGUGGCUUAAAUAGAACAUGGUAUCCAGCACGUAAUUUUAUAUAUAAUACCCACUAGAUUGUACCUGGACAGACAUUGAGGGCUCGCCACCUCAACAAUCUCGACGCAGUGUAAAUGGCGCCAGUCCACCCUUUGCUUUGGCGCUCUCUUCGAGUCUUCCAAGUCUACGGCGCCAACACUGAUGUCGGGAAAACAGUAUUCACCACGGUUCUUUGUAGAGCAGCGAAUCAUAUAUGGGGAAAAGAACAAACAACCUUCCUAAAGCCCGUGUCGACAGGUCCAGAAGAUGAAGCCGAUGACCGUCAUAUCCAAAAAUAUGCUCCGGGAGUAGAUCGUUCGACGUUAUUGCAAUAUGAUCUUGCGAUUAGUCCGCAUGCUGCGGCGAAGGGCAAGUUCGCGCCACCAGAUAAAGAGCUCCUCUCUAAAAUAUAUCAAUUCGCAUCUCGAAAGGCGACUCGCGGUCCCGGAUGGCUAUUCAUUGAAACGGCCGGAGGUGUACAUUCUCCCGGACCAUCAGGCACCACCCAGGCAGACUUGUACACCGCAUUGAGAUGCCCUGUCGUGUUAAUCGGUGACUCGAAGCUCGGGGGUAUCUCGCUCACAAUCUCGGCUUUCGAAUCCCUGAAACUUCGCGGAUAUGAUGUCGAGAGUAUUCUUGUGUUUCAAGAUGGUGAAUACGACAACGAGAAAUACCUGAGGGAUUACUUCGCUGCUCACGGUAUACCUGUGGUAUCUUUGCCAAAGCCUCCAUCUCGGGUGUAUAGUGGAGAUACGGAUGCCAAAGCAAUGCUGCAAUACUAUGAAAAGGAAGGUGAAAGUGUAGCCGCUCAGAAUGUUCUCGAUCAUUUAGAUCGCAAACAUCAAACGCGCAUUGAAAGGCUUGAGUCCAUGUCCGGUGAAGCAUACAAAAGGAUAUGGUACCCCUUCACCCAACACAAGCAUAUUUCUCAAGACAGUAUUGCCGUCAUUGACAGCGCUCGAGGAGACUUCUUUCAGACCCUCGUACCAAGUAUAAAAGGGGAAAAUGGAAAAAAAGAUCCCAUUCUGCAGCCUUCCUUUGACGGCUCUGCAUCUUGGUGGACUCAAGGGCUCGGACACGGCAAUCCUUCGCUUACAAUGGCCGCAGCCUAUGCGGCAGGUCGCUAUGGUCAUGUCAUGUUUGCUGGGGCAGUUCAUGAACCUGCUCUAGCAUUGGCGGAAACUCUCUUGUCUGGUAUAGAGAAUCCUCGACUCACACGUGUGUUCUUUUCGGACAAUGGCAGCACAGGCGUGGAAGUAGCGGUGAAAAUGGCCUUACGAGCAGCUCGACUUCGAUAUGACUGGGCUGCAAGUGAUGAUAUUGGAAUCAUCGGGUUAAAGGGUGGUUAUCAUGGCGACACCAUUGGAGCCAUGGACUGCGCUGAGCCGAGUACCUAUAACGAAAAUAUCGAAUGGUAUAACGGAAAAGGUAUCUGGUUCGAUUAUCCGAAUAUUAAGUGUGUUCAUGGUCAGUGGGUCGUCGAGGUACCUAAUACGCUAAGUGCCGAUCUUGGAGAUAACCUGGUAUUUACGAGUUUAUCCGACGUGUUCGAUAUCGAUUCGCGCGAAUCAAGGGGCGAACACAAGGUUUAUGAGGAUUAUAUCGAAAAAGUACUCGCACGUCAUCGAAGAAACGGCCGAAAAUUUGGUGCCUUGCUCAUGGAGCCUGUAGUGAUCGGAGCCGGAGGCAUGCAAUUAGUGGAUCCCCUUUUCCAGCGUGCCCUCGUCAAUGUAGUCCGUCGCUCGGCGAAUCUAUUCGGCUCGAGUUCUGAGUCAAACAACCUAGACCCUACAUCUUGGACUGGCCUUCCCGUCAUUUUUGACGAAGUGUUCACCGGACUAUAUCGCCUUGGCCGAUUCACGGCCUCCUCCUUUCUCAAAAGUGACGCUGACAUUUCCGUUCAUGCCAAGCUCUUGACCGGCGGUUUGGUGCCGUUAAGUACCACGCUGGCAUCGGAUAGCAUUUUCAAGAUCUUCGAAAGUGAUGACAAAGCUGAUGCUUUACUCCAUGGACAUAGCUACACGGCCCACCCAAUCGGUUGCCAGGUUGCCUUGGAAUCGGUACGACAAAUGCAGGCGAUGGAAAAGCAAGAUGAGUGGGGUUGGGCAAAAGACAGCGAAUGGUCGGGAUCUUUGAGUAACCAAUCCAGCGCCACGAAAUCGGAAGUGUGGUCCAUUUGGCCCUGGGACCUGUUGGAUUGGAUCUCGAAUCAAACGCAACUCGUAGCUGGAACCUGGGCCUUGGGAAGUAUUCUUGCGAUCCACAUGAGUGCUGCAGACGGCCUAGGCUAUAAAAGCAAUGCCGCACUAAAGUUACAGCGUGUUCUACUUGAAGGUGACAAGGAAGCUGCGUGGAACGUCCAUAGCCGAGUAUUAGGAAAUGUGUUGUAUCUCAUGGGAAGUCAGAAGAGCACCAAAGACGACAUCGCGGGAAUUUCGAGCAUGAUACGACGCGCUCUGACAGCACAUUAACAUCGUUUGAAAGGAUUGAUUACAUAACGUUUGCUUGAAAUGAAAUUUCCUUAUCAACAUUUAUUUAAGGGAAAUGUAGGUAACAUUCAUGGAUACGAGUAAAAAUGGAAAAGAAGGGCUCUACAGGACAUAGGAAACGAUGACAACGUGAAUAAGAGUGAGAAUAUAAAACAAUGCGGAAUUAUGAAUGUAAAUUUGUUAAGUUGAAAUUAAG